AUGGCAGACAUGGAGAAACAACCCCUCCUCGAGCAGGACACUGCUACUGCUCACCCCGAACCCUCCCUCGCCGAACUCCAGCAAAACAUCCGCACAGCCCAACAAGCAUACUGGCGCAAGUGGUCCUCAACAACAUCCGGAAAGUGGCACCGACGCAUCAUGCUCAGCGUAACAGGUCUCCUCACGGCAUUUAUUCUCUUCGCCAUGACGAUUAUUGCCCAGGACGACUUCAGCGAUAACGAUGGCGCGUGGUCAAGAGAUGGGAGAGUCCCGCUGGAGGCACACAUUAUGAGCAAGUGUCCGGACGCGAAGGACUGUCUCCACGAUCUGGUCCUUCCGGCGAUGCAGCAGGUCGGGCAUCAGGUAGAUUUCAAGCUAUCAUACAUCGGAUCCUCCACCGACCACGACGACGGCGUAAAAUGCCUACACGGCCCCUCAGAAUGUCUCGGCAACGUCAUCGAGCUCUGCGCCGCAAAACUCUACCCAGACCCCAAGAUCUACCUAGGCUUCACCAUGUGCCUGACGCGCGAAUACCAGAAGAUCCCCGAGCAAGAUCUCAUCGAUGACUGCGCUCUGGAACACGGGAUUGAGACCAACAGACUCAAGAAGUGCACGACCGACGACGACGGGUACCUUGCAGUUGACAAUUUGCGUGCCUCCUUCAACCGCACCGCCGCCGCGGGCGUUACGAAGAGCUGUACGAUCCGCCUCAAUAAUGAGGUUCGCUGCAUUCGUGAUGGGGGGAAGUGGACGGACUGUGAGGGUGGGCAUCAGGUGAAGGAUUUGGUGCAGGAUAUCCGGGAUCUUUACGAUGCAACUUACUAUUGA